ACGGCUCGAGUUAGGCGUCCUCACUGGGGCUCGACAGAGCACGAAGUGGGCAGGAGUUUGGGGGGCCUCGCCAAAGUUCUGGGGUCAUACGGAAGAAGGUACAGCAUCGUAAACAGCAAAACAGUUCUCCCCACCCACUCACCUGCCUGUUGAUUAGAUGAUGGCCCGCACUAUGGAACCAGUGGCAAAGAAGAUCUUUAAAGGAGUUUUAGUAGCUGAACUCUUGGGCGUUUUUGGAGCAUAUUUUUUAUUUAAUAAGAUGAACACAAGCCAAGAUUUCAGGCAAAUGAUGAGCAAGAAAUUUCCCUUCAUCUUGGAAGUUUAUUACAAAUCCAUUGAACAGUCUGGAAUGUACGGAGUCAGAGAGCAAGAUCAAGAAAAAUGGUUGAAUAGCAAAAAUUAGGAGCAAACUGAAGUUUGGGGAGAUGAAGUAAGUUGACCAAGAGUUCCACAGUAAGUUUGAAGAAAUGGAUCUGGCACAUUUCUUGAUCCCCAAGGUUUAGUGUGCUUUCCUUUACAGCUCAAAUGAAGAGGCUGCAUUUCCAAAAGGUAUCUGCUUUAAUUUCUAAGAUUAAAAUUACUUUAAAACAUGUAACGUGUUAAUAAGUAGACAAGUAAUUCACUAUAUUAAAAAUUUACUUCUAAGUGCCUGAAUACAUCUGGUUAUAAAAGCUCUACUUAAAAAAAAAGAAUAUGGAGGACUUCUAAAAUGGUAUAAUGUUAAUUUCUAUUAAGAUCAAAGGGGAGGCCCUGGCUGGAGGCCAUCAGUAGAGCAUAUAAAUUUUGAUGUUCAGCUUGUGAGUUCAAGCCCCACACUAGGUACAGAUUACUAAAAAACCCUAAAUCUUAAAAAUCAAAGACCAAAGGAGAAUCUAAUUCCUGUUUAAAAGUUCAAAAGAACAACUGAAAGAUUUAAGAAACUCACCUUUCAAAUUAUCAAAGUGCACCCAAGAAGCAGACUCUGAUUUUUUUGUUUCCAUAGCACCGUCUGACACAGUUCCUUCUGUCUCAGCUUUUUUUACUGGAUCUGUUUCUUUAUCAGCAUCGGUGAAUUUUUCUGUGUCUUCAUCAUCUUCUAUGUCAAUAAAAUUCUCUUCAUCAGACUCCUAAAACAAUGGUUUAAUAAAUCUGCAUUAAUCAA